AUGGAGAGAGCAUAUGAUAGAGUAGAAUGUCAGUUUCUACGUCAGGUGCUUCUGAAAUUUGGCUUUGGGCCUAGUUGGGUCAAGAUGGUUGAAUUCUGCUGGAAAGAUAACUGGCUCUCGGUCUUAGUUAAUGAGGUUAGUUGUGGCUUCUUCAACUCCUCCCGUGGUCUAAGGCAAGGUGAUCCUCUCUCCCCCAGGCUGUUCAUCCUUGCCUCCAAAGUAUUCAGCAGGGGCCUAUCCAGAUUAAGCUCGAGCGGAGUAUGUACUCCUUUCAAGGUGAAGAGCGAUUGCAAGCAAAUCUCCCAUCUUCUAUAUGCGGAUGAUACGGUUUUGUUCCUUAAUGGAUCUAGCAAAUCUAUUCAGCAUAUUCUCGGCAUUGAUAAAGCUGCAAGUAACUUCUCUUACCUGAGCGUUCCAAUCUUCAAAGGCCAAUCCAAGAGUUCUUAUUUCGCCCCUCUACUUGGCAAGAUGGCUGCCAAAAUCCAGGGAUGGAGCGCAAGAAUCCUCUCCCAAGCGGGCGGGCUGGCCCUUAUUUCUUUUGUUCUUGCCGGCAUCCCCAUUCACACCUUAGCUGCCAUGAUUCUUCCCAAAAAAAAAUCUGAAAGAGUUGGAAAGGAUGUUUGCUAA